GCCCUCCUCCCUUCCUCGGGCUCCAUUGAACUGAAUAAUUAGGAGGAGCAAAGCCACUCAUUCUAAAUGCCUCAGAGUCAGCUCCGAUACCUCUGUCGGAAGAGUGGUGGUGAGUGGGAUACAUCGAACUAACUACUCCAAAACUCGGAGAAAAUGGGAUAUCAUAUAAAUACUAGUAUCCCAAAUUCUUCCUUUCCAUCGUUCCUAAGACUGUUAUCCGCUCAAAACCACAAACAUCAAUCACUAUGUAUUCUAAAAGAACUCCUCAAGCUCCCCCAAUCGCUCGGGCAGGAGCUUGUAAUAAUUGCAAACGACGAAAGAUGGUACGCCAGAGUUCCUGGGUUCUUUUUUCUUAUUUGUUCGAAGCCCCUUGUCCACAGAGAUGUGACGGACGAAAGCCCGUCUGCGGCCCAUGCACUAAAUCACCGUCUCUGGGAGACUGCGAGUACGCCGGCGUGGGGCACACAUACGCAGACCGCUUACAAGAGCAAAUUAGCGUUCUCGAAGCGCGUUUGGAGCAACUACAAACUCCUACUGUCGUCGAUGCUAGACAAGACUCCAUUGCUCUUCAUGAUCCUUACUCGUCAAGUGCCCCUAUAAGCUCGUAUGCCGCUAGUAGGGGUGAGGCGUACGAUACGAUCGCGGUAUUACCUCAGGAAAAAGAUCUCUUGGAAACUUUCCUUCCAUAUGCCUCUUACUUUGGAUUCUUCUUGGAUGCCAGAAGCCUCGUCAAGGCAUUUUCAAAUCCUAUCUCCGACCCCAAUCAACGACCUACUUCCGCUCUGUCAGCUUCCAUGAUCCUCCUCGGAGCGCAUUUCAGUACCCAUCUCGCUCAUAAUGUCAAUUCAAGCUCAGAACUCAUGGAGAAAUAUUUAUCAAAAGCAAUUCAAGCUGUCUCACUUGGCCUAUCCGAAUACCACCCUCAUCGAAUUCUGCAUACUCUUCAAUCCUAUGUUCUUGUUGCCUACUACUUUCUACUUCAUAAGCGCUCCCUGGAAGGACGAUGGCAUUUGGACAAAGCUGUUUCGCUUAUUAUCAGUGCCCAGAUGCACCGAAUCCGCAGCUCAGAUUUUACCCACACCACUCCAGCUUCACUGUCAGCCGCUCAAAGCGCCUCGGAGGAGGGCGAGUGCAUCAACGCCAUGUGGACCGUUUUCGCCUUAAAUUGUCUGUGGUCUGCUGUAGAAGGUGUCCCUGCAUCUAUCGCAUAUACUACGGAUCAGGGAAGAGUGGAUACACCAUGGCCGCUGGACAGUGGUAGAUAUUCUGAUACCACAUUUCCCCAAAAUUUCAAGUCCAGUCAUACACUCCAAAAGUUCUUUUCCGGUAUUCCUGACGAUGGAAAUUCAAUAUUAGCUUUAUACGUGAAAGCGACUGUUCUAUUUGAACAGACAACCGUGUUUUGGAAACGCUACUCCGAUAAUUGUAAUUCUCCCGUCGAAGUUCAAGAAUUUCAAUCCUCCUAUCAAAACCUCUUCGCCCUCUCAACUCGCCUCUUGACCAAAAUUUUUCCCCUUAGUAGCCUACAAUCUGAUCAUGCGAAAGCCCGUCUUCUGGUCAUCCACACUCUAGUUCGUGUAACUGUAAUACGACUACAAUGCACGCUCGGAGCUGACAACCCUUUGUCUCGCCCUAUUUUUCUGGAUAUGGCGAAUGGUAUCAUGGACCGUUUGACUGAAUUUGGUAUGAAUUCUACAUUGUUUCUGGAUCCUAUGAUGGCAGUAAGUGAUUUUAUACCAUCUGAGAGACAUUAA